UGUUUGUCUAUGGGACACACACACACCAUAUGAUCGAAUUCAAUUUAUUCAAUAAUCCAUCAUAUUCUUGUAUUUUUUUUUUAAAUUUAACAUUCAACAUUUAUCGAUCAAUUAUAAACAGUGAAUAUUUUUUUUUUCAUCUUAUAAAUCCAUAUCAACAUAUAAACAAAGGGGUGAUUUAUCUAUAUCUAUAUGUAUUUGCUUACAAUUAUAAUCCAGACUUAAGAUAUAUGAGAAUACCAAACGUCGGGUGUCGUAUUUAAAUCAAUUUAAAUUUGAAUGAAUUUUAUUUUGGUUGAUUGAAAAAAAAAUUGUGCGUUUUAAUCGAAAAAUCAUGACGGUCAUAGUUGAAAAUGAUGACAAUGAUCAACAACAGCAGCAGCAACCUAAACAACCUUCUCCUCCACCACCAGCACCAUCUGUAUCACAAUCAGCCCUUCAAUCGCCACAACAAUCACAACCACCCUUACAUCCGCCGCAACGAAAAAUAUCCACAAGUAGUGGUGCCAAACCAUUUCCUAUUCGAGGUGAUCGAACGACUACCUAUGUGAAUAUACCGCAUGUUAUAGCCAUGGUAGGCCUUCCGGCCCGUGGCAAAACAUAUAUAGCGAAAAAAUUGACCCGAUAUAUGAAUUGGAUCGGUAUCAAGACACGUGUAUUCAAUGUUGGUGAAUAUCGUCGUCAGGCUACGAAAUUAUAUCGUAAUCAUGAUUUUUUUCGACCUGAUAACAAAGAUGCACAGGUUAUUCGAAGUCAAUGCGCAUUAGCUGCACUCAAAGAUAUGUGCAUGUGGCUUGAAGAUGGUAAUGGAGAAUUGGCUGUGUAUGAUGCAACAAAUACAACAUUUGAACGUCGAGAAUUGAUUAAUGAAUUUGUCGUCGAAAAAUAUGGAUUUAAAUUAUUUUUUGUCGAAUCCUAUUGUAAUGAUCCACAAAUUAUUGAAGCCAACGUUAAAGAGGUAAAAGUUCAUAGUCCUGAUUAUCGUGAUAUGGGUCAGGAUGAAGCCCUUCGUGAUUUUAUGGUACGAAUUUCUCAUUAUGAACAAGUGUAUGAACCACUCUGUGAAGAACGUGAAAAACAGUUAUCAUUCAUGCGAAUAUUUAAUGCCGGUGAACGUGUACUUGUACAUCGUCAUGAAGGUCAUAUUCAAUCGCGAGUAGUGUAUUAUCUGAUGAACAUUCAUAUAACACCUCGAUCAAUAUAUCUUACAAGACAUGGCGAAUCUGUUUAUAAUUUAUUGGGUAGAAUUGGUGGCGAUGCUGAACUAUCGGAACGUGGUUGGGAAUAUUCACGUGCAUUAGCACAAUACAUCCAUGAACAGGCUAUUCCUCGUCUUCGUGUGUGGACAUCACAGCUAAAACGAACAUGUCAAACAUCGGAAUUGAUACAAGCACCACAGGAACGAUGGAAAGCAUUGAAUGAAAUUGAUGCCGGUAUCUGUGAAGAGAUGACUUAUGAAGAGAUUCAACAAAAAUAUCCAGAAGAAUUUGCACUUCGUGAUCAAGAUAAAUUCCAUUAUCGAUAUCCAAAAGGAGAGUCAUAUGAAGAUUUAGUUGCUCGAUUAGAACCGGUCAUUAUGGAAUUGGAACGACAGGAAAACGUAUUGGUUGUAGCACAUCAAGCAGUUAUCCGUUGUUUAUUAGCAUAUUUUCUUGACAAACCACAAGAGGAAUUACCCUAUCUAAAGGUACCAUUACAUACAAUCAUUAAAUUGACACCGGUUGCAUAUGGUUGUGAAUUGGAAGAGAUUAAAGUACCGAUACCGGCAGUGAAUACACAUCGUGAAAAACCACAGAGGACGGUCAUACAAGACAAUGGACGAUCACGAUCAUCAUCAUUACUAUCAUCGGGCCCUCAUUCUCCGAUCACAUUACAUUUCGGUGGAUCGGGUAAACAAAAACAACAACUAAAAAAUUUCGUUUUAUUAUGGAUCGACAAUCAAAGGAACAAUCAUCUGUUGAUCCUGAAAUCAUUGCAAAUCAUCUGGAACUUAUCAAUGAUGAUCAGGAACAGGAGUGGUUUACACCAUAUCGGCCACAAUCAAUGUUCGAUAAUACAGAACAAUCGCCAACUAUAAUAAUGGAUCUACUAUCAUCAUCGAAUGAUGAUAGUGAUAAUGAUAAACAAAUUGAGCAUACAAUCGAUGCUCCCGAAGGAUCGAUCAGGCCAAACAAUGAUGAUGGAUCAUCACUUAGCUCAUCACUUCCCACAUUGAAUCGUUUAAGCCUAAUGAUGGAAUAUAAUAAUCGAUGUCGUAAAAUUAGUGCACCAUCACCGUAUCAUGCUGUAGCAUUAAGCAACAAUCGUCGACAAUUACAUCUAAAACAAUUACGACAAAUUCUUGGUUCUGAAUAUUUUGAUUUUUAAUUUUUUCUUUGAAGAACUUGCUUAUGUCUUACUAUGUGUUGUACUCAUACACACACACACACAACAAUCUGGUCUUUCUUUUCUUUUCAUUUUUUUUUCUCUUUUCAAUUGAUUGAUAUCUGUCCCUGUGUCCUUUAUUAUUCUACAUGUGUGUGUUAUAUAAUACCUGAUGAUGGCCACAUAUAAAUUGAUCUAAUCACAUCACUAAUAUCUAAUUGGCAAUAUCACUACUACUCCUCUCUACCUCCUCUUUGCAGAAUUGUCUACUAAAUCGUGAUCCAUUGGAAGCAU